AUGGAUGACAAUGAUGCAUGUGAUGAUGAGGAUGGUAAUGAUUACCAUAAUGAAUACAAUGUUAAUGUUGACGAUAAUCAUGGUGACGAUGAUGAUGAGGAUUGUAUUGAUUGUGAUAACGAUUACGAUGGACUUGUUUGUGAUAAUGUUGAUGAUGAAAAUAAUGACGAUGAUGAUGCAGAUGAUGAUGACGACGACGAUGAUUGUGAUGAUGAUUUUUCGGUUGAUGAUAAUGAUGAUGAUGACGUUGACUAUGAUGGUGUUUAUGAUGUUGAUGAUGAUGCUGAUGGUGAUGAUGAUGAUGAUGAUGAUGAUGAUGAUGAUGAUGAUGAUGAUGAUGAUGAUGAUGAUGAUAAUGACGACGAUGAUAAUGUUUAUUUUGAUGAUGAUUAUGAUGAGGAUGAUGAUCAUGAUGAUGAUGACACAAAUGAUGAUGAUGACUAUGAUAAGGAUUAUGAUGAUUGGGGUGCUAAUGCUGAUGAUGACGAUGAUGAAUUUGAUGAUGUUGAUGAUGAAUGA